AUGGAUAUAUAUGAAUCAUUUCAUCAAGUGAACUUGUGGGAAGAUAGCUUUAAAGUUGAUCAUAGCACCUUGAAUUCAAUUUCUUCACCAAUGUUGAUGAUGAACAAUAGUAGCAUGGAAAACAAGUCUGAAUGUAUUCCACAUGAAUCAAGAGAAGCUUCCGGAGAUGAUGAUCAAGAAACUAUUGAAGAACCUAUUCCUAAGGUGUUGAGACGGCAAGCACAAAAUCGCGAGGCUGCUAGAAAAUGUCGACUGCGAAAGAAGGCUUAUGUUCAACAAUUGGAAACAAGUAGAUUGAAGCUCAUGCAAUUGGAACUUGAGAUUGAGAAAACAAGAAAACAUGGUUUGAGCAGAAGCAGUUCAUUAGAUGUCGGUUAUAUCGGAUCAUCCAGAACAAUAAAUUCAGCAGGGAUAUCUUUGUUUGAAAUCGAAUAUGGACGAUUGAUUGAAGAACAAGAUAGACAAAACGAAGAACUAAGAAAUGCAUUGCAAAAUAAUGCAUCUGAUAUACAACUUCAUCUACUUGUUGAAAGUAGCUUGAACCAAUACUCAAAUCUUUUCAGAAUGAAAGCAGAAGCUGCAAAGAUCGAUGUGUUCUAUUUAAUCUCUGGCACAUGGAAAUCGUCGAUAGAACGCCUUUUUCUUUGGAUUGGAGGAUCUCGACCGUCGCAGAUUCUAAAUAUCAUUGUACCAAAGCUCGAGGCUUUAACUGAUCAACAAACUGGUAGCAUUAAUAAUCUUCGAUUAUCUUCUCAACAAGCAGAAGAUGCUCUUUCAAUGGGGUUAGAGAAACUCCAACAGAGUAUGAUCUAUAACAUUCAAGCUGAUCCCUUGGAAUUCGGAAACUAUGGUCUUCAAAUGGCUUAUGCCAUGGAUAAAGGAGAAGCAUUAGAAGGCUUUGUAAAUCAGGCGGAUCAUCUAAGAGAACAAACUCUGUUAUACAUGUCACGCAUACUCACAAUUGGGCAAGCUGCCCAAGGCUUGCUGGCUAUGGGGGAAUAUUUUCAUCGUCUUCGCACUCUUAGUUCUUUGUGGACUGCUCGUUCAUGUCACCAUUUCUACUCUACUCAACAUUCAAAUUGA